AUAGCAAAGUAAUAAAUAAAUCAAGGAGAAAAUGGGUGGUAGUGAAGCUGGAGAUGAUUCAAAAGAUUCAAAGCCAAAGGGGAACAGAGGAAUUUCUUUUCUUGAUUUUAUUAUGAGAAUUGUUGCCAUUUUAGGUACCUUAGGAAGUGCAAUUGCCAUGGGAACAACUAAUGAAACCCUUCCCUCUUUCGAGCAGUUCAUUAGGUUUAAGGCUGAGUACAAGGACCUUCCUACUUUUACGUUCUUUGUGGUAGCUAAUGGCAUAGUUAGCGCGUACCUCGCUGUAUCUCUUGUCCUAUCCAUUUUGCACAUUGUGAUGAGUGGUGCAAGAAUAACAAGGGUUGUGUUGAUCUUCUUUGAUACGGUGAUGAUGGCAUUUUUAACAUCUGGAGCAUCAGCUGCGGCAGCCAUAGUGUAUUUGGCACACAAGGGAAAUGCUCGUGCUAAUUGGAUUGCUAUUUGCCAGCACUACAACUCUUUCUGCGAUCGUGCAUCUGGCUCUUUGGUUGGAUCCUUCAUUGGAGUUCUUGUGUUUUUGCUGCUCAUCAUAUUGUCAGCUCUGGCCCUUUCAAGAAACUGAUCAUUGAUCACUUCCUGCGUGAAGA